CUCCUUAUCAAGCUCAAGGUAGGCGGAGUCAAUCAUUACCUGUUUCUCCUCCCCCUUCCUGUUCUUGUAAAUCACGCCCACCUCCUUUCGCUGGUACCCAGAGGGCAAAUAAGACGAAUCUAAUUUUAGCUGAUUAGCAAUUGAGUAGGCGGAGCGAGAUGAGCCCAGCUGCUGGGGUGGAGUGAAAUGAAGCAUGUUAUAGCCGGACUUAUGAGCGAAGGCUAAACGAGACCUCCAGUCUGCUAAAGGACCGAGCAGCUUUGUAACGUGCGUCAGACAACAAAUAGAGUUCGGCAAAAUACCGAGGUCUGGUUCUACGAGGAAAAACCCGUGACCUGGUAAAACGGUGGAGGAUGGCGGUACGCUGGGUAGACGCCAGGUUAAUUUAAAUGGCCCAGGAGUGCUGAGUUGUACAUCAAUGUAUCUGUCUGGGUCCCAUUCUUCUCUCUUGGUACGGUACGUCCAUUCCAGAGCUCGUAGCUUCCCUCUGACGUACAGGGCACCCUCUGGAGGGAAAUCAGUUUCAACUACAACUGGAGAAGAACUUAUACUCCGGGACAGUGUUAGUCUAAGAGUCGAUCCGAGGGGUAUUUUUAAUAAUUUGGAGUCCCAGUCCUCCCCUUUUGUUAGCUCGAGUGUCUUUACAGUUUUAGCAGCCAUCAGGAUUGGAGGAGAUAGAGAGAAAGUGCCCUGGACCAGGCUAAAGUGCAAAAGUUCAAGCGCCAAAAUUAAUAACUUUCUUACUAUUAUUAAGUCACACCUCCAGAACCACGCCUACUUUGCGUGGGUGAUUGUUGCUAUAGCCACACCUCCUAUCAAAAUGGCAGAAAGAAAGGCCACUAACAAGUACUACCCGCCACAAUGGACUCCUAGCCACGGGUCACUCAAUAAGUUCCAAGGGUCACACCCACUGAGAGAGAGGGCAAGGAAGAUACACCAGGGGAUAAUCGGAGUAAGAUUUGAGCUUCCCUUCAAUAUCUGGUGCAAUGGGUGUGGCUCUCACGUUGGUAUGGGUGUCCGAUAUAAUGCAGAGAAGUCUCAAGUUGGGAAGUACUACAGUACUCCAAUAUUCAAGUUUAGGAUGAAGUGUCAUCUUUGUGAUAAUUAUUUUGAAAUAGAGACUGAUCCAAAGAAUCAUGAUUACGUGGUGACGACAGGUGCUUCAAGAAAGAAUGAACGAUACGAACACGAAGAAGGCGUGACAGCGUCCAUUGAAGGAAAGGCAGAGAAGCAAAAGAUGGAGAGUGACCCCAUGUUUAAACUGGAGCACACGGUGGAGGAUAAGGAGAAGAGCCAAGAUGAAACACCAAGAAUACAACUACUGCAAUCUAUGCAAGAAGACAAGAAAGAUGAUUUUAGCAUCAAC